AUGCAAAUCUUCAACUUUUAUUGUUUAUUAUUAUGCAGCAUGGUCAUCUUUGCUGUACACCAAAUCAAUGCAAGUGAACGUCUCGAAGAAACUAAAAGUACUAUUUCAUCUGAAAUUACUGCCACAGAUACUCCUGAAAAGACACUGACACUACGUGAUGUACUUUUUCAAGGACAACAAGAUGUUUCUGAAGGUGACGGUCCAUUAAGGACACGUCAAUUUGGUCAAGUAAGUGUUUCAAAUGGUCAAACAAAUCUUUUGCUCGUCAGUGACGGAAGUGUCCCCCAAUGCGGUAAAGGCCAAGUUUCACUUUCGCAAGCCGCAAUCAUAUGUAAAUAA